AUCAGCUGUUGUCUGCUGCUGCAACUGUAUUGCGCAAGCUCAGAGCAGAACAAUACAAAAUUUUGUAGAAACAGCUGAUUGAAGAUGGAAAUUGGAAAAUGGCUGCGGAAGAAAACGAUAAUACGUGGAUCUCAGAUAUAAAGAGUGCUCUAGCAGAUGACUGCGAUGAUGUUCCGACAUUCGACAUUUGCCAGGGCCAGAGCAUUCCGGCAUGCAUUCGGCCGACUGUUUGGAAAUCUUGUCUUGGCGUGCCGGUGUUGGCGAAUCAGAUGAUGUUUGAUGAGAUAUUCGACCUGCCAGAGCAGAGUGUUUUGCGUGACGAUUGUCAACAGUUUGUUGACAAAUUAGGGAACGAAGAUGAGGACAAGCUGCCGGUGCUAUCUGAUCUAGAGACGAUACUGACCCACCACAGAAAGAGCCUCGGCCCAGGCGCCAAGUAUGAACGCGGAAACGGCUGGAUAGAACUUCUCAUUCCUCUCCUAAACCUGCAGCUGCCAAGGAAAGAUACCUACUGCCUGUUCCAGUCGAUUAGCAAUCGCUACAUCCCUUGCAACGCAAAUGCUUUCAAUUUCUAUCGGCUGCUGUUGCUCUAUCACGAUCCACAGCUCUGCUCCUUUCUCGACACAAAACGAAUCACUCCCGAUCUCUACACUGGAUCAUGGUUCCUAUCGCUAUUCGCCGGCGUAUGUAAACUGAAUGUAACCAUAGCCAUGUGGGACAUGUACUUCCAGCAAGGAGACCCUUUCUUCGUCUUAUUUCUAUCACUGGUCAUGGUUGUUAAUGCCAGAGAACAAAUCCUAAGCUUGAAGGAAGAGACGAAAAGCAAAUUGAUUGAGGUUUUGCUAUCGUUGCCUGCUGGCCUUGAGCUGGAAGAUGUGUCAGACUUCUGCUCUCUUGCCCAGUACUACACUGUCAAAACACCUUCUUCAUUCAGAGAGAUACUGAAGGACUCGUUGUUCAGUAGAACUGCUGAAAAGUCGACAAGUAUAUCUCAGGCACUGUGUCUGCCUGUGUCGGUCGGUGAACUCAUCGAAAACAUCGCUCUCGAAGAAUCGGAGGAUGAAGGAGUUCGAUUCUUUCUAGUCGAUUGCCGGCCAGCUGAUCAAUACAAUGCCGGACAUCUGCCUACUGCUUUCCAUCUCGAUUGCAAUCUUAUGGUGCAAGAGCCGGUGGCGUUCGCGACCGCAGUGCAGGGCCUGUUGUCGGCACAGCGGCAGGCGCUGGCGGCGGGGAGUGCGGCGGGCGGCGAACACCUCUGCUUUGUCGGCUGCGGCCGGCUCGACGAUGACCAGUACACGCACAUGGUGGUCGCCUCCUUCCUGCACCGCAACACCCACCAUGUCAGUCUGCUCGACGGCGGCUAUCAAGCUAUUCACCGAUACCUGGGCGAGAGUGUGGAUGGUUCUCUCUCCGAUCACAAUCCUGAUUGCUGUCUGGUCUGUUUAACUGACAAUCAAAAUGGCGGUGCUGAUCAGACACUCACCCACAAUGACAGUACAUCAGGAUCUUCAUCUGAUCUAUUCAGUAAAAUUGGUCGGCCAUUAGCUUGUUUCAAGCUUAGAACUUUUGCCAACACAGCGCUGACAACGUUCAGCGUUCAAUCUUCAGUGCUGUUCAGCUUGCUAGUCAACAUUUUAAGUUAUGUCACCGCCGCUGUCAAAAUGAAAUCAGCAGAAGUGAAAGGGAAAUUGCUGGAAUACAUAGUGAAUCCUAGCGCCAGUGGCGGCACUGAAAGGCAUGUUAGCAGUUCAGACAAAGUUGGCAAAAGGUAUAGAAACAUGGCGCCUGUUUUCUGUGUCGAUGACGAUCAAGAUCCAACCGAUUUUGGUGGAGACGAAUAUGAUGAGGAAGAACUGGAGAUUUCCAUAUCUAGUCGAUUGAAACAACCCGAUGUGGUGGCUUCAUUCAAGUGCCAGGAAGUCACUGUAAACAAUUCAGUACAUGAUUGUCAUCUAGUGGUGAGCGCCACCCACAUUUACGUGCUUCGCGAGGUGCCACGAUCAAAGGACAAGGCGCGUCUUGUCGUCAGAAGGCCACUGUCCGCCAUUGCCAAAAUAACCUGCAAGAAAAAGCAGCCUGAAUUGAUCACAUUCCAGUAUGGAGAGCCGCAUGGAAAAGAAAUGAAAAUCAAUGAUCAAGAUAGGUUCAAUAUUCCAGAGUCGACCGAAGCCACUAAAUUGAUUUCCAAACUAAUAGUCGAUUGUAUAGCAGUUAAAGAAGCCGAAAUGAACUCAACUCCUUAACAAAGACUGAAUAAUGCUAUAUCUAACAACUUUGAAUUGAAGUAUUACCAAUUUGUACAUUGUGUACAGUGAAACUCUUUACGUUCUAACCAUGUGAAUAAUGUACAAAAGGUAAAUGUAAAUAUCGAAUAUUGAUGUAUGUUGAAAACUAUUAGAAUAAAUAUAUGUAUUAUUAAUGUAGUAAGCAACAUUUUUAAGUGAUAGAAUGAAUUAGGGAACAAUUUUAUUCCAAGCUUGAUGAUGAAUGUUAAUUAGGUGUUAGAUAUUUAUUUAUUUAUUGACACUGUGUUUUCAUGUUGAGCUCACCUUCAAUUCUAUAUUUUCAAAUUUUAAUCUUUCUUAUUUGCUGUUCUGUCUUUUCGAAUUCAUUAACUAUAUACCCCCGAACAAUAAUUUACAUUAAGAAUCAGACCUGUGUAGUUUUACCUAUAGUUUUUAUAAUAUAAAUUAUAUUAUCAUCUAUCUCGUGUUUAUAAAACACUUAUAUUUAUUGUCAUGACAUUUCUUGUUAGUUUUAAGCAUAUGCAUGCUAUUCUUUAUCGAUUCACCAUACUUCAUUUUAUUCUUUAUCACUGUAAGUACUUAAAAUAGAUCGAAAAUAGUCAACUCGUUGUGUAUUUCUUACCAUGCCUUGAGAUGUUUGAAAUGUUUGUAUUUUUGCAUAGUGAAUGAGGAAAUGUACUGUAAUGUGAUGGAAUUAAUGUUACAAACCAAAAUAAAAAUAUAGCUAUUGCUCUUCCAAA